AUGGCGGGCUUCACGCUCGAGGGAAAUUUUGUGUCAGUCGCUAGUCUGUCUGUUACUUUUUUGGAAGCUUUAGUGGCGAUAGUUUUUGCAUUUGUAGUUUGUCGAAAGUUACCAUCAUUGGAGAAAUGGAUAAUUACGUGGCUGGUUUAUGAUGUGCUGACCCAUUUUACGCUGGUAGGGUGGAGGCCUGGAGGGUUCGAUUUUUCAUCCGCACCCCUACCCGUUACUAAAGAUUGCUCUAAUCCGAACCAUCAAUUUUUUCCGGCGCCCUUUGAAAAAUGAAAUCCAGAAGGGUUAAUUUAGGAUCCAGAUCCUUGCAGAAAAAAAUCGAGGGGGUGUGGGUAAAAAAUGGAAUGUCCCAGCAGGUGGUGCAAAGAUCUGAUCGGAAAUCAUCAGACUGAAUCGUAAAAAUUCGUAUACUUAAAAGCAGUUUACUUCAAUCUCUAUUAAUGCCUCUUGAUCCUGUAUAGACUAAUUCUCUCCUUGUUUUGCAAGAAAAUGUGAGCCUAUUAGUAAGGAGAAUCUAGUAAUUUAUCAAAAGUCAUCAUUUACAGAGGUUCGGAAAGAAGGUGUGUCAUGGACGGUUCACGGGAAUUAAAAUCGAAAUUUCACGGUUCAUGGGAAUUAAAACAGACUUUUCACGAAUCACACAAAAUUCAGCGUUUGAUUUCAUUAAUCACCCAUAGAGUAUUGCAAAACUGGGGUGUCAACUAUUUUGAAUUAUGCAUACACAAGAAAAUCGUUUUCAUGCCCUAAAAUACUAAAUUUACACAGGGCUCCUGAUUUACAAUAAUUCACAACCCUCAGGGGCCCCACUCACAUAUUUUAAUGACGGGGGGGUCCGAAGGAUUUUUUUGGGUCUGACAUUUUGGCCAAAAGAGAUUUUUUUGGGUCUAUGAAAGACGCCGGGAUUUUUUUGGGUCGCAAAAACAAUGAGGGAUUUUUUUGGGUAUUGUAUUUUUCAUCAGCUCAAAUCAAAAAUAACAUAAGUGCAAUUUAUAGUUUUGUUUUUGACCAAAACCAAAGUUGAAGUUGGCAUGUUUUAGCUUUCCAGAACAUAAAUAAUAAAAUUUGCUGAUGCAAAAACACUGAGGGAUUUUUUUGGGUAUGCUAAAAAAAGUAGGGAUUUUUUUGGGUACAAAAUAUGAACCUCUGUCGGACCCCCCAUCAUUAAAAUAUGUGAGUGGGGCCCCUGGGUCACAACCCCUUUCUGACCCUCUUUUUAGUAGCUCCUGAUGAUAGUCAAUAAUCAAAAGUGCAAUUUUUUUUUUCAGGAAGGGCCUUUUGUUUACUUCUCACUUGUUGGUUCUGUCAAUAAUACAAACCACAUCUUAGCUGAAGUGUGUAAGUGAAGGAAUAAAAAAAACCCAAAGCAUUAAAAUUUUCCUUAUCAUAUCAGUGUACUUGGUGGGUUCAAUAAAAAAGACGCAAAGAUUUUUUUGGCUGAAUAUGAAAUGAGAUUAUUGAAGGAAUCCCUGUCUAGAUUCUUCAAUAUAGAUUCUUAGCAAACCCAUAUACAUUUGAUAACUCAGUUAAAAGCAUGCUGAAAAGUUCAGUAUUGUUAUAAGUAAUCAGAAGAGAAAAAAACAUUUACAUUUGCUUAAAGGCAUUAUUAGAAGGGAUAGAAUACUAAUGGUGUGUGUGAGAGAAUUAUCAAGUGCAUGCACUAGGACUGGGGGUGGGGGUACUUUAGGAUUUGCCGCCAGGACCCUAGGAACCCAGCUUAGCCUAUACCAAAGCUUAGGUCAGCUGAAUUUUGCUAUCCUAUACUGGACUAAACUCCCCAAAUCUCCCCCUGUCCUAGAGUAGCAGUUUUCCAGAAACUACUGAGGUCACUAACACAGUCCAGCCAAAACAAAACUGAUUUGACUUUUUAAAAUAUAUUUUUGAGUGGCAAUUCCCGGUCUCCCUAGUCUAGACUAAAAUCUACAACCAACUGAUCAGUUUCCUGGAAAACGAUACACAAUUCUAGACCCAAACUCUCUGAUUUAUACACCUCAUCCCAGAGUAAACUGCUUGACAACCAUACCCUUCACAGAGGUACAUACCUAAAAAGCCCACAUGAGGCAGUACCCCCCUGGGACUAAGACAUGUAUAAAUAAGUCUGCGAAGACUUUUCUAAAAAAACAUUCUACCGGUAUUCAAGAAGUAGUUUCCAUAGCACUGGGGAUGGUAAAACCUUUUAUCUCUUUAUAAAUGGCCUUCUAGUUCCUUUUUUGUGAAACAAGCAAAAUUAUAAGUCUGUGAAAUUUUGUUUGCUGAAGCCAAGAAAGUGUUACUUAACAUUUUUUCAGUAAGCAAAAGCCUAAUUUGUUUCCACUUUCAACAAACUAUUGAAUUUAUAUGGCAAUUCACAAAACUAUUUUUGUCUAACGACCUGUUCAGUUGAUCGCCACAGUAUUCAAAAUUUUAAAUACUGUGAAUCGAACUCAGAAAAACGUGGACACCUGAAAAAUUUCGGGAAUGUUGAUUGUGUACUGGCCAAUCGCAAUAAAGUUCAGGAUACGCAAGCAAACCUCAAAACCACAAAUUAAUUACCAUUGCUGUUUGCAGUUUCGUUAUCUCUCACCUUAUUGGCUUGUUUCUCACAACACGAUAACAUUCCAUAAAUAUUUCUGGUGUUCACAGUUUUGUAAGUUUCACAGUAAUAGUGUGUUGAAAGUGGAAACAAAUUAGGUUUUUUUCUUUCGCUUACUGAAAUAAAGCAAAAUCAUAGCAUUAGAUAAAGAAUCACUUUUUAAUUGUUAAUCCAUGGAUGCUUUCAAUAGUUUCUUAAUCUCUACUACAUGGUUUUCAGGGAAAGAAUAUGGCAAGGCAGAUUCAAGGUGGCUUUAUUCAGACCCAACAAUUGUUUCUUUAGAGAUUCUUACAGUUGUUAUCACAGGACCUCUAGCCCUGAUGUUAAUUUAUGCCAUUUACUUCAACAAACAUUACAGGUAAAGUACCGUAUUUAUUCGAAUAAGCGCCCAACCUCGAAUUACUGCCCACCUCGAAUAAGCGCCCAUCCUAAAGGCAGAAAAAGUUUAUAAGCGCCCAGCCUCGAAUAAGCGCCCAUCCUCUCCUCCUCCCAAUCAAACUCAAAUAAGCGCUUACCCUCACCCCACCCACUUGAGUGAAUCAAUUCUAAUAAGAGACUUCCCCGAGGACGGAGUUUUGUUCAGAGUAUUUUACAGAAACCUUGCUUUGUUACUUUGAUCUUCGCGUUUUGUUAUUAGCAUUUAUUGUUUUGUUGAAAACUUAAUAAGCGACCACCCUCAAAUAAGCGCCCACCUCGAAUAUGCGCCCACUCUCAAGGUCCAAAAAUUUAAUAAGUGCCCAGGGCGGUUAAUCGAAUAAAUACGGUAAUUGCUUUGAUUUUACGUCAUUGCCAAGGAUAUGUUUCAGGAAAAUUGAAGGGCUGUGGGGCUGUCAUUAGAAGCUGGGAUUUUUGCUGGCUACUGCAGUUAAAUCAGCCUGCUACUUUCAGUUCGAAAAUGAAUGAAAAAUAACAAAUAUAGGAGCAUCUGAAUUGAAAUACCAUAAAAUUCUGAAAACAUAUUUUUCAAAGGCCCUUUUUGAGGGGCUUAUUUUGGGAGAGGCUUAUAUUCGGAGGAGCUUAUCUAUGGAGGGAAAUUUGCAUUUCAAAAUCGAUUGGGCUAGCCUUAAAGUUGAAAGUAAAUUUAUCGUUUUUGCUUCGUUUUACUUUGCAUUUGAGGGCAAUUUUCCAAGUACAAGCCCCUGGGGGGAGGGACAAUGUAACGGACGGUUUUUUCGUUACCAGUUUGGGGAGCUUAUAUUUGGAGGGGCUUAUUAUCGCAAUUUUACAGUAUAUGAAAUGAAUCACAUUUUGAACUGGUGAUAAAGCAGUCAAGCCGGAAUUUUUUCAGGUCCUUUUUCAACCACUUGGGUUGUUGAUUCAACUGCGGAAAUCAGGUUCACUUUCAUAGGAGGAUUUUUGGGAUAAAUGACCAGCUACUUUCCCUGAGAGACUAGCCACUUUAAAACCUUAAUGAAAGCCCUGAGAGCUGCUUGACACUGAAAUGCAAAAUUAAAUAUAAUUUAUUCAUGCUAAUAGACCAAUUUCAUAUUAUUAAAAUUCAGACUUGGCAUCAAGGCUUUGGGAAACAAAACAAAAGAAAUUAUCUUGAGGCUUAGCAAUGAAUGAUACAUUAAUUUCUUUUAUUCAGGGUUCAUACAGAUUUUUUGAUCCAAAGUUCAAAACUUUUUCCAGCCUUUUUUCCAAAACAAUAAUUUCUUUUUCCAGACUAGGUGAUCAAUAGAGACCUUUAAAAAUGCAGGAAUAAAGCUCCUUUCAUCAUACAGUUGAGACUGAAUAAGAUUUGACCAAAACAAAACAAAAAAUCACUUAUAAAUUUGUUGUAGCUUUGAAAAAAAAAACUCAAGACUUUUUACCAUUUUUCCAGACUUUAUUUCCAUUUUCCAGACUUUUUCCAGGUUUAGAAAACUGCUGGGCAAAUUUCAAGACUUUUUCAAGAAUUCAAGACUCUGUUAGAACCCUGUUUAUUUUAUUCCCCCCAGCAGAGCCAAGUAUGAAAUUUAAGAUAUCGAAAUAAAUGGUCUAUUCUCUGUGUUAUUUUAACAGGCAUUUUGUGCAGAUAACACUAUGCGUUUGUGAGCUGUAUGGAGGUAUGACUGCAUUAUGCUAUUUAUCAUUAAUUUUGCCCUCUUAAUGGAAGUAGAUGUUAUUGAAAGAACAGUGUUUUCAAGUGCUUUGAAAUGAUGAUUAUUUCUUGGUUAAAUUGUUGAACCUUAAACUCUAAACCAUUGAUGUUGCACCUGUCCGAAAUAUUGUAAGGUCAUGACAAAUCUAAUCACAUGUUCAGAUUAUUAUAUUGUCGAUUAGCAGUAUUCACUAAAAAAGGGAAAUUAUAAAGAACAUCCAUGACCAUGGUUCACUGCAGUCCACAGACAGUAGUUGGGUGGGUUUUGGGUAGUUAUGUACCAUUCAUUAGCCUGCAUUCCAGACAAAAUUAAAGCUGUGGUUCUCUUGUUCUGGAUUCCCCCACCCCCCUUGAGUAUGUGCCAUGGCCAGCCUGUUAAAAAAAGCCAAUCUCGAUUUACUAAUCUGUUUAAAGGGAAAUAUGAAAUUGGAAACUUUUUGAGUCCUUUGGGGGCCAGAGCAAGGAUCUCGGCACUGCCUUGCAGGUGUUGCUAGCCCAGAUAGGUAACAUCUGUGAAGGCUAGUGCCACAUAGGUCUCCAAAUUGUUUAAGAAAACAAAAUUGCAUUUAAAGUGCAAACACUUUAUAUUUGUAGCUAUGUUGAUUGGAAAAUUCUUUGUCCCAAAGUUGCUUUUGAAUAUUUUUGUGAUAAAACAAUUUAUUCUGUUAUAAAUAUGAAUAUCUUUAAACAGGCUGGAUGACAUUUUGUCCUGAAUGGCUGGUUGGAAGCCCAAGUUUGGAUACAAGUUUUCCUCUUUACUUCUGGAUAUAUUUAGUAUUUUUCAAUGGCCUCUGGGUUAUAUUUCCUCUUCUGUUACUAUGGCACUCUUGGAAAGGGCUGGAAGUAAUGUACAAGACUAUGACAACAACCACAACAACCUCUAAAAAGAAGAAAAAAUAAACCACAGAAGAAACAUUAUACUCAAUAGUCAUCAGAAAAAUACAGUAAUACUGUACUAAAAAAUCAAUGUCAGUGAAACUCUAAAUUGGUUAAAUCUAAAGUUAAUUACCUUUGUAUUAUAUAUAACCACCAAUGAAAUACCACGCGAGCUUUAGCACUAAAACAUGAUAUCUUCACAUGAGAAAAUAACAUGUUAUUUUAACUUCAAAGUUAUUUUCACCUCCAAAAUUCAUUUUGUAAAAUAAUAUGUGGCAAUCAGAUUCUUUUUAUUUUUCAGUAACUUAAAAGAAGUAUA